CGCGAGCUGCGACCGCGAAGCACCGCGAAGCAGAGCCGAGCGCGCUAGCCAGCCAGCCAGCCAGCCCCGCCACAGGAAGAGAGGAAUACGAGCCCGCCCGCCGUUCCUGCCCUGCCCGGCCUGCCCCCUUUCUCGGUUGGCGCAACCCUGAGACUCCGCGGCACCGCGUCCAAGGCUCCGCGAGUCGCGUCUCGUCUCGCUUGUCCAGCGCAAAGCCAGCAGUGCCGCCGCCAGAGGAGCCGGACCGAGCCAAACAACGUCCAUGGUGUGAAUCUCCCUGCAUUCCCUACCUCCGACAAGACGCUGAGCUCAAGAAUGGGGGUGACACAGGUGCUGUUGGUGCUGAUGCUAGUCGCAUCCCUCAGGGCGGCAAAAAAUGCUGUCAGUGAGCCAAGUGCAGUGGAUGUGGCGCGCAUGAAGACUAUCUAUCUGGUGGAGCACUUGUGGAAGAAUGUGUCCAACCCCCACUUCACAACCAUGGUGAAGCAGGAGUCUUACGAAUCUGCUAGUCAACUGAUCGGCGCUUUGGAAUCCCUUUCGGCUGCCGUCAAAGAUGUGGACGCACCUAUAGUCGAAGAUAAACUGCAUUUCAUCUAUAGAUGGGAGCUGAUACAAGCGCAUUCUCAAGGAGUGCAUUCUCUCUAUACAACAUUUAUGCAGUUUAUGGACAAACAGAAGACAACCCAGAAAGUUGCAUCAACACGGGCUUGGUUGGAUAUAGCAGAAACCAUACUGGAGUAUUUACCAAAAUCCGAAAAUAUUCAUAAGUUGACCCUUGCUGCAUCAGACAAAAAGGAGAAAAAUAACACAAUUUUUGAGGCCGCCCUCAAUGAACAUCAAAAUAAUGUCUGUGACAACAAGCAGUCACCUCAGCUCAUGCUGUACAACAUAUUUGCUGAUUUGCAACUAACACAGCUAAAAUCCUACAUAAUGGCUCAGAGUGCAUAUGCACUAUUGCAGAUUUUUGAAAAAGGUGACCAGGAGAUAAAAGCAAAGCAGAUGACAGAAAAAUUUGUUCAGAAGAACAAACAACAAGGAAAUGCUGCAUUGAAUGCAAUGAAAACUGCUAGCAGAACGAUGUGGCGCUGCGAUCCUAGGAACUAUCAGGAACAUGCUACCUAUGAGCAACUUACACGUCUCCUUCAAGGUUACAUUGAGAAUGAAGUAGAUAUGAAUCCGUCCCAAUCCUGCAGGGGAAGCUGUAAAAAUUAUGAGCUGACUGAGAGCCAUGGAUGUUACCAAGAAAAAUUUUGUAGCCAACAACCUAAAUGUGAAGGACGCAUAAUUGACUGUCAAUUCAUUGAAUCUGACAUGAAAGUGUGUCAAUCGAAUCCUGGAGAGAGGAGGAGAUACGAGUAUAUCGAAUACAAGAAGAAUGCUCUUCUGGGGACUGACCGCAUUGGUCAGGUAACUGAAGCCAAUUGUACUUUAGUUACAGUCAACAGUUGGUGGAGAUUCUUUCUGCCAGCCCACUGCUCCUACUGCUUCUGUGUGUGUGAUGAGCCUGGUCCCCUAUCUGACCGAUUUUUCAGUCUCAGCCCUGAGGUGGCAGAUGUCACCAAUAACAAAGUCAUUACUGGGCUUCGCUUUGUGAAGAAAAACAGAGUGGUACACAUUCAGAUACAGGAGGGCUCACUCCUACCACAUGGGGUAAUAAAUGCCUCCAGUCUACGAUGGAAGCCUGUGGAUACAAGCCAACCUGACUACAAAAUGUCAUGGGAGAAAAGGAGCAUUGACCUUGACGAUCUAGAAGCUCCUGAGGGAUAUGUAGUAACAGGCAUACGGUUUCAAGAGGUUGGCACACAUCUGAACAUGGAAAUGCAGGUGUCGCCUAUCAUUUAUCAUAAAGGCGUUUUAAAGAGACCAACAGAGUUAAGCUACUGGGUUGGCAAUGCAAACACGGACAGUGCUCUAGAGAAUCCAAGGACUGAACUGCCCAUUUCAACUAUUGUUCCUCAGAGAUCGAAUGGGCCUUGUAAGCCAGAUUCACGCCAUGACACAUUUGUGCAGUUCACCCACUCAGACAUCGUGACAGAUGCUGCACAAACAACAGUGCCAUUCCUAGACAUUCAACCUGUGGUGCUUGACCCCCCAACCUUGCUGGGUGGCGUAGGACUGUACCACAAGGGAACAGAAGGAUCUGCAGGGUUUGUGGCACUCAAGGUGUCAAACUAUGAUAUCACAAAGCAUCUCACAACAGAAGAUCUCAGAUAAAAUCAAUAAAUAGUAAUGAUCAAGAUCUGUAAUGCAAUCUCAGCCAACUUAGUUUAGACACCAGUAUAAUGGAAUAUUUUACAAUAUAUCACUUACGACAAUGAGUUUGUAUACAAAAUAAAAAGGGUAAAUAAAAACAAGUUAUUGAUGUCUCA